AUUGUAUCAUAAUGUUACAUUUGGAGUUUUGAUUACUCUCCAAUCAGACAAUGUAGACUUAUUUCGUGAUCUCUCUGAAGCCGCCGGAAAGUGGGAUGGCACCCUGUCAUUUGAUAUUCACGGGAAGCAGGACCCUCUUCCAAAAUCUAUUGAGGAUGCACCAUACGAAAAUCGCGUAAAGUACACGGCCACUGUGUUAAAUCAAUACGGACUUUCGUCGAAAUUCUUGGAUGAUUGGACGAAAUUAUUACUGAGAGAGAAAAUUUCGGUUGAGAAAUUACAAAGGUUAAACGAGGGAAAAUUGUCUUGUGUCGAUUAUAAAUUGUCGGUGCCAAUCGAAACUGAUCUUGAAUCAUUGAGGCAAGAAUUGUUUCAACUCAGCAUGAGCCAUGGAACGGAUGUUGCUCUUCAACCUUACGACGUGUACCGAAAGCAUAAGAGGUUGGUUGUGUUUGACAUGGAUUCCACUUUGAUACAACAAGAAGUCAUUGAUGAGAUUGCCAGGCUUGCCGGUGUUGUCAAUGAAGUAGCGGCGAUAACGGAGUCUGCAAUGAAUGGAGAAAUUGAUUUUAAAGAAUCUUUGAGGAGACGAGUUUCCCUUCUGAAAGGAACAUCCGUGGAUGUACUGCAAACAGUCAAGGAAAAUCUGAUCUUUACGGAAGGCGCCCAUUUCCUUUGUCAAGCAUUAAAAAAGAUUGGGUUCAAAUUAGCCGUCAUUUCAGGUGGAUUUAUCCCUCUGGCCAAGCACGUGAAAAAUGAACUUGGAUUAGACUAUGCUUUUGCAAAUCAAUUAAAGGUCUCCACAGAUGGAAAAACAUUUACGGGUGAGACAGUCGGCCCAAUAAUCGACGGAGAGCGUAAGGCCGAAUUAUUAGAAGUAAUAGCCCAAGCCGAAAAUGUGACAUUGGAUCAAGUCAUCGCAGUUGGUGAUGGUGCAAACGAUUUAUGGAUGCUGGCCAAAGCUGGUUUGGGUAUAGCGUUUAAUGCCAAGCCGCGUGUACAAGAGAAGGCUCGCGCAAGGAUCAAUCAAAAAAGCCUUAAAUAUAUAUUGUACCUUUUAGGAUACUCUGAUGAUGAUACAAAACAACUACUAUUAUAG